AUGGCAUUCUAUAACCAAGCAAAUAAUAAUGGCCCUACGGGAUUUUACCAACCUUCUCCCCAGUUUCAGUUCCCACAGGGCUCUAUGUCUUUCAAUCAGCCGGCAGCAACAACAACAAACCCAGCGUUUGCGCAAGAACCGCUUCCUUCCGGUCUGUUGAAUGCCUUAUCCACUAAGGGCUACUCACACGAGCUACCAUUACUCGAAGAACUAGGGAUUAACUUCAGCCACAUCGCCACCAAGACUAAAAUCGUAUUGCAACCCAUUCAAAGCACCAGUGCCCUUCCAACUGAAAUCAUGGGCGACUGUGAUCUGGCAGGUCCUCUAAUUUUCUGUCUGCUCUUUGGGACAUUUUUGUUGAUGGCUGGCAAAGUCCAUUUUGGUUACAUCUAUGGUGUUGCUCUCUUUGGAACCGUGUCUUUACAUAUUUUGUUGAAACUCAUGGGUGGUGAACAGAAACAACAGCAAACACAGUUGCAAUUUUUGAGAACCGCAUCUAUUCUUGGAUACUGCUUCCUUCCUCUCUGUUUUUUGGCUCUCGCUGGUGUCUUUCAUUCUCUGGACAAUACAAUUGGGUACUCCUUAGCGUUGAUGUUUGUAUGCUGGUGCACAUGGUCAUCUUCGGGAUUUUUCACCACAGUGCUACAAUUGCAUAACACAAGAGUAUUGGUUGCAUAUCCAUUGGUUAUUUUUUACAGCGUUUUUGCGCUAAUGGCCAUUUUUGUAUAA